CUUGCGUGAGACUGGAACGGUAAAUGAAUUCAUCUAUACUACUAUUAAACAAUCGAACAAGAAUUACACUACAGACACCCCAUCAAACGUCUCAAAAAAAAAACCAAUCAGCACCCCACGAUUAAUUCCACAGAUCUUAAUGUAACAGCCCUCGUUAAUCCGCCAUCUGGUGGGUGUACUUAGCAAUUAUAAUUAGCUGAACAUACUUCACCAACGAAACUUCCAAUCACGCAAGAAAAAAAAGAGGAGAAAAUGCCCAGCAACGUCCCCUGUAAUCCCGGUACCAUCCAGCCACCAGCAUCACGGGAUUCGCCGUAGUCCAUGGAGAUCUCCCUCAACGCGCUGCUAGGCGUGCAGCGGCACGGGCAGGACCUGGCCUACAGGCUCGCGCAGGGCGUCUCGGACCUCCUCCUCCACGUGCAGCUGCCGCAGCUCCCGUGGCCCGCCCCACCGCUGCCGCUCAAGCUCAUCCCGUUCGACAUCGAGCUCCCCGCCAUGCCCUUCGUCGGCGGCGGGGGCGUCGACCUCCCCGCCGUGGCCGUCGCCUCCUUCGUCGAGAUCGGCGGCCGGCUCGGGCAGGCGGGCUCCGACCUCGGCGCCUCCGUCGGCGGCGCCGUGCAGCAGCUGUCGCGGGAGAUUCCCGUGCCGUUCCGCUCCGUGUCGCGGCCGCCGACCCCGCCUGCGCGCUCGCCGCGCUGCACACCACGCACUUCAUCGGUCCGUGCGACCGUGCCGGUGCCGCCGCCUUCCUCGCUGCUGCCGUCGCGAGCCUCGGCAAGGCGACGGAGUACGAGAGGGCACUGUUUCGGGCGCUCUCCGCGCUCGUCGGCGAAGACAGGGACACGGAGGUGGCCGUCGACCGGCUUUUCCAGCUGCUCAGGGAGUUCCCCAGGGAUCUCAUGUCCCUCAGGAGAACGCAGCUCAUCUGCUUCUAUGUCGGACGGCCGGACACAUCCCUCGAAUUUGUUCAACAAGAGUUGUAUGCCUGCUGUUUCCUCGCCGCCGCCACAUGCCACCGCUACGGGAGCGCACAGAGGCGAAGGAGCGGCGAGCGGAGCUCACCAACGUCGAUGGAAAGGCCCGGUGCUGUCGGAGGAGCUCGGGGAGAAGAGAUCGACGAUGGUGAGCUCUCGGGUCCGAGGUUGAAGAAGAGGAACGGGGCGAAGCUGCGUCGUGCUCCGGUUCGAUCCAGAGCUCGAGGGGGUCGAGGAGGAUGUCAUGGAGCGUCUAGGCUCGACGCAUAGGAGCGAGGCGGGCGGUGGCUGCGAGCUCACCGUAGCAUGGCCAUGACGGCGUUCGGCCGGACAUGGGAAAGGGGGCAAGAGAGGAGAGGAGCUCCUUGGGGCGCGAGGCGAGGCGAAAAGGAGGCUAGGGUUGGAGAGACGCUCAGGGUGGCAUUAUCCGCGUCGGGGGAGCUGUUGGAUGCUCGCCAGCGAGGGCAUCCGUACGCGGACAGCUGUGGCGCCAUGGCCUCCCCUGCCUCUGUCGGGAGGUGGGAGAAAGGCCAGCCUAGCUGGGUCGGGCCAGCUUGUACCAGCUGGGCCUAAGUGCCGAGUAGCUUUCUUCUUUUUAUUUUUUCUUAUUUUUUUAUGCUUUCUUUUAUUAUUUUCUGCUUUAUUUAAUUCCAGCAACUAUUCCGUAUAGAAAAAAUGUGUGACAUGGUCCAACACAUAUCUUAGAGUAUUUUGAAUGAUCACAAAAAUAAUUGGGCCCAUUGAAAUAUGGUUGGAUUUUUUCA